GCCCUCGGGUCGCGCGGUGUUUCCUCCCAUCUGUCCUGUCCGCCUGUAUCUGCGCGCUCGUGCCGUCACUUUUCUCCUCUUUCACGUGCGCUUCAGCUCUGCUCGCAUGGCCUUGUUGUACGCGUGGUGUAGUUUGCUCGUGGCCGGUGUGUGCGCGCUUCCCGCGCUGCUCGCGCUGCUCGGCGCUCUGUGUCCGUACCUGCUGCAGGACUGCGCCUACAUGCUGCGGGCUGCGCGCUUCGGGCUGCGUCUGGAGCGCUACAAGAGGAAAGCGCGCUUCUACAGCAUUCUCGACUGCUUUGUGGAUGCCGUGAGGAAACAUCCUCAUAAACCCUUCAUCCACUUCACGGGAGAGACGCACUCGUACUCGGACGUGGACAGAGAGAGCAAUAAAGUGGCCCGUGCUCUGCAGGAAGUGGCCGGACUGAAGCAGGGUGACGUCGUGGCCUUGUUCUUAGGCAAUGAUCCGCGCUUUAUCUGGAUCUGGCUCGGGCUCGCUAAACUCGGCUGUGCUAGUGCUUUACUCAACUUCAACAUCAGAUCCAAAUCCCUCCUGCACUGCUUCUCCUGCUGUGGUGCAAACGUGCUCGUAGUAGACGAAGAGCUCUGCAGCGCCGUUGAAGAAAUUUUGCCAGCUUUGAGAGAGAAGGGCAUCAGGGUGUAUGUCCUGUCUGACGCAUGCAGCACAGAUGGCAUUAAGGGCAUCUCUCAGGCCAUCGCACAAGCUUCGGAUGAAGCGCUGUCCCCAUCACUCAGGGCUAAUGUUAAAUACACCAGCACAGCGCUCUACAUCUACACAUCUGGAACCACAGGUUUGCCUAAAGCAGCCACAGUGACUCACGAGAAAGUUUGGGCUGCUUCAUUCAUCCAGGGUGUUUCUGGAGUCACAUCCAAAGACGUCUUUUACAUCAACCUGCCCCUAUACCACAGCGCUGGCUUCCUCAUAGGGUUCACCGGCUGUAUUGAGAGAGGAAACACUGUAGUUCUACGGAGGAAAUUUUCUGCCACUCAGUUCUGGGACGACUGCAAGAAGUAUAAUGUUACAGUGAUGCAGUACAUUGGGGAAACAAUGCGUUACCUCUGCAAUACACCAAAGAGAGAUAAUGACCGAGACCACAAAGUGAAGAUUGCUAUAGGUAACGGCGUCCGAUCCGACGUGUGGAAUGAAUUUUUGGGGCGCUUUGGGAAUAUUCACGUCAGGGAGCUCUAUGCUUCAACUGAGGGAAACAUCGGGUUUAUUAACUACACCACGAAGGUUGGAGUUGUAGGCCGGGUUAACUACCUCCACAAGAAAUUCUUCCCUUACUCCCUGAUCAAGUUUGACAUUGAGAAAGAGGAGCCUGUGAGGAACGCAGACGGAUUCUGUGUGCCAGUAGCUCCUGGUGAACCUGGACUGCUGGUUGGGAAAAUCACCAUAAAGUCUCCGUUUGCCGGUUACGCUGGAAACAAGCAGCAGACAGAGAAGAAAAGACUCCGAGACGUGUUCGUUAAAGGUGAUCUAUAUUUCAACAGCGGCGACUUGCUGAAAAUCGACCAUGAAAACUUUGUCUACUUUCAAGAUCGGGUUGGAGACACUUUCAGAUGGAAGGGUGAAAACGUAGCCACUACCGAAGUGUCAGAUAUUCUGUCUAUGGUGGACUGCAUCGAGGAAGCGAACGUCUAUGGCGUCACAGUCAAAGGGCACGAGGGACGGAUUGGAAUGGCAGCUAUUGUGUUAAAAGAAGGCAAGGAGUUUGAUGGCGUCGACACAUGUAGAGUCGUAGCAAACUACCUACCCGUCUACGCCCAACCCCGUUUUAUUCGCAUUCAGAGUUCUUUGGAACUCACAGGAACCUUCAAGAUGAAAAAGGUGAAGCUGGUGGAGGAGGGCUUUGAUCCAGCGCUCAUCCGCGACCCGCUCUACUUCCUUGAUGUAGUUGAAAAGAAAUACACUACCCUCACUCAGGAGAUGUAUAAUUCAGUGAUCGCAGGAGACAUUAAACUAUAAGUCUGAAAAGGUAAAAAUCUGAGUGAGCUUUAAAAACAAAAACUUGUUUUGUGUGUCCUUGUGGAAAAACAGCCAACCUGUUACAGGCUAAUCUCAGGGACGAUCCUGGUUUUAUCCUCAUCAGUUAGUUAAGUCAGUUAGUUAAGUUAAUACAUUAAACUAAAGAAACUUAUACUGUGACAAUGAUUAAUAAAGCUUGUUUAAUAUAUUUGAAUGUAUAAUGUACAUUCUGUUUUAUACAGUAAUAAAUGAACUUGCAUAUACAGUA